GGGGGGAGGACAUAAGGGAGUUUCAGCGCAAUGAAAUUUUAAUUAAUGUGGGUGGGCUGAGAACACCACCGACUGUUUAUGAUGGACAAUUUAUUUCCCAGUGCAAAGUCAACAUAACAUAGCAAACGUACAACAAUUAUUAACAUUUUCUGGGGCCCUCAUGAGGCUGGGGAGUCAGUCAGUGGAGGAGAGGAGCUCCGGGAGCAGGCUCAACUUUCCCCGGGACACACUUCGGCGUCAUGACUCUCUACCACGGCCGCCUGUCAUCGCUCGGAGUGCCGUCCUCGGCUCUGAGCCUCUCCGGUCCCCCGUUGAUCUAUUUGUACGGAGGGGACAGCGGAGGGGUUGUGCCGGCUGGCUUGAGUUUUGUGCCGGCCCGUCAGGAGCCCCCACAGAAGCCGCCCUACAGCUACAUCGCGCUCAUCGCAAUGGCCAUCAAGAGCGCACCGGAGCAGCGCGCAACGCUCAGCGGCAUCUACCAGUUCAUCAUGGACCGGUUCCCCUUUUAUCAUGAUAACAAGCAGGGCUGGCAGAACUCCAUCCGCCACAACCUCUCCCUCAAUGACUGCUUCAUCAAGGUGCCCAGAGAAAAGGGACGGCCCGGCAAAGGCAGCUACUGGACGCUGGACACCAAGUGCCUGGAUAUGUUCGAGAACGGCAACUACCGCCGAAGGAAGAGGAAGGCGAGGAACCAGCAGGAGGCUGUGGACUCCAAAGCCACUGGACAAAAGCGAUUCAAGGGUCCGGGAUCAUGCAAGGACCCUCGGUCCUCUCCGAAAAAUCACACUGACUCGGGGAUAGCAGUGGUGUCAGCAAGGCAGAAUGAAAGGAUGGAGACACAACCAGACGCAAAGGCAGUUCUUGUCGAGUGUAACCACACCGAGCAACCGCAAAAUCCCUCCAUACAGAGACUGAAGGUGUCCCAAAACCAGGACACGCUGUCGUCCAGCGAGACGAGGCGUGACGCGCCCGAGCCUGAUCCAUGUCCCGCUCCGAGACACGCUCCGCUGUGGAUGGACGGCGUGCAUCUCCUCGGCGCGUCCCUCCGCCGGGAGCAAGAAGAGAGAAGGUCAACAUUCAGCGGAAGAGAGAGAGGUCCGCUCUGCGCAGUCAGCUGCGCAGGAAACACAAAUCUGACUGCACUUGAGCAGGACAGACCCAAAGGAAAUGUCCCGAGCAGGGACAAACUGAAAGGGUUUAGCAUCGAGAGUAUCUUGUCGAAAGGUGAAGACGAAAUGCGCAGCAGCAUCCUCGGAUUGUCAGCCGAGUCCGGCGUAGAGCGCCAAAGUCCCGCUUUCAGUUCGUCUGUGGUCCUCGGGGCUCGGCCUCAUCACUUGUACCAGAUGGGCUUCCCCUUCUGCUCUUACAUGUCACUCACCUACCCCGACAAAGUACUGCAUUUUAAAUGAGUACAAUUCUGAAUUUAAAACUCUCCUGAAUUUUACGCACAGAUUCGUAAAAGUGUAAAGUCUGUUAUUAGCUUUGCAUGAUGUGUUACUAUGAGACAGGUUAGUGUUCUGCUCUUUUCAGAAUCUCUGCAAUCUGCCACAUAUACAGUAAUGUUCAGAGUAUGACAAAGAGCACCAGGGAGGCCUUUAGAUUCAUUUUUACGCAUGCGCAAUUGUCAGGUUUGUGAUUAUUUUCCCAAACUGUUGCUCCUCAAACUUUUUUAGUGCUUUAUACAACAAAUGGUAAAAAUAUACAAGGAUGUUGUGAUUAUGAUGUGAGUAUUUAGGGGAAGCUCAUAUGUAAAGUAUUUCUCUCUUCAUCCAUGAUAUGAAAACCCUCAGAGAAAGUGUGUUUGAAUAAUUUAAAGUUGAAUUUUGAAUGUCAUGGCUGGGCCUGUGCAGCCUACACAAUAACGUGGAACUCUGGAGAUGUGUAUAAUAUGAGAAAAAAUGUUUAGUACUCCAAAAUGUAACCAAAGGCUAUUUUGCAUUCCACUCUGCUCUGAAUUUCAGAAUAAAAUUUAGUUUGGUAACAAAAUGCCAGCAUGAAGAAUUUAAAAUUGUGAGCCAAUAUAGAAAUACUGACAUGUCACCCAAAUGUACAGCUUUUUUAGUUCAUUAACAAAAAAAGAAAAAAAAAAAUCAAAAAACAAAAAACCCAAGAAAGGAGAAAAAAAAACAGUUAACCUAUAUCACUGCAUUUUCUUUUCACUUCUGGGCCUCUUCAGGAGACUUAGACUGAAACAGGAAAAUCAUUCUUGUGCUGAGCUCAUCACAAAUUGCUAUUAUAUUUUAAAUCCACAUACAUUUUGUGGUUCCACACAUGGGGGUCCUAUGAUAAUAAUGAUAUUGAUAAAAGUGAUAUAUUCAUUCGCUCAUUUUAUGAUAAGAUAAUUAUGAGGUUGAGGUAUUUCAUGUUGGUGAACUAAACAAAUACAAUUAAACAAGUCACUUUGAUACUAGAAAUACUGACCCUGGAUCAUUUUGAGAGUAGCAGCAUUCUUUGAAAUAAGAAGACAAGUUGACAGAAUGACUUCAUGCUUAGGAGCAAACUUCUAAGUAACAUCUUUAAGUAAAUUUGUCAAAAAAAGAGAGUGGAAUGAAGAUCUACUUAUUAGCUCUUCACGAGUGUCCAACCAAACCUCAAGGUCUCGCUCAGCAUGUGAACUUUGCUCAGCUGCACUCUCCAUCUGCACUUCUGUUUUUGUCAAACUUCUAUUUCCGUGGUCGAGAAUGAGCUUUGAUGCUCAAAGUCAGUGAAGUAUGAAGAAGCUGCAACAUGGAUCAUCAAACACCCCAGACUAAAAACUUGAUCACGUAACCUUAAAUGAUAUGUGAAUAACCAUAAGACUCCAUCAGUGUGGUUCUCUUUUUUCAGUCGUCAUAUCUAGUAAAAUCUGAUGGCACUGAGAGUCCUAAAUGGGCCUUUCUGAGCUCCAAUUUGCUGCAGAAUGACACCUGCAUGAAAUCAAAGAGCUCUGCUGACAGCACCAUUACAAACAGAGAGCAACCAUGUCUAAAUAUAGGCCUAUAGCUUAGACGCACGCUCGUCUGAGAAAGCCCGACUGUGUGAGGCCAGUGCUUUGCAAAUGAGGAAUGUUUGUUGAAAUAAAUAAACUUCCCCACAUUUGAGGAGAGGAACUCACAAUCACAAGCAUUUCCUGUGUAUAGGAUUCUUUUGGUCAGACGUGUAAAUAAAACAUGAUGAAAACCUCAGAAGGGAAAGAAUGGAGGAGAGGAUGAGGGAGGAGAGGAGAGGGAAGAAAAGAAGUGAGAAUUAUCGGCUUAAUGUGCCACUUUUUCUCUGUGGGAGCUGGGUGCACUUCAUGCUAACACAUGGACCACUGCAGCUGGUUUCCACUGGCUCCUCAUCCUCAACUAACCUCCAAGGCCUUCGAAAAGCUAAGCGAGUUAAUAAAUGACGGUCAUCUGAUGGUGUUUUAACAGUAAAAGAUCCUCAUGAGAAAUCGUCUGAAUCGACGGGAAAUCCUCCCAGUUUUAUUUGUUAUCUGAGAAAACAAACUGUGCUGACGGCUUGUGGUCAACCGUCUUUAACAUACAUCAACCAUUAGCACCAGAGUCAGCUCUCCAGCAGGGACAGGGAUGUCCUUUUGGCAAGGCAGCAAAUAUCAAGAGACCCCCCCUUAAAUUGAUCCAAAAAAUGACUAUGCUUCAACAAGCAACCACACACCACUGUCCAAAAUCAUCACUGUUCAUCAAUCUUAAUCAUAUCUAAACAAAUUUCCAUCAUUAUCAGUACCAGUUCUAGCGUUACAAUGUAGGCUAACGCAACUCUGUAUGUAGUUUGUCCAAGCGGUGUUGCCGUACCCUCAGCAGAAGCAGUUACAUGACUCCUGUGAGCAGGAACAAUCAGUGUCAAACUCUGUACUGUUUUUGUGUUACUUUCAAACGCAUUAAAAAGUAUAAGAGGA